AUGGCAGGAUCAGACGACAGCGGCGAGGACCGCGCUCCCUUUGGGGACUACCAGUUGGAGCUUUACAAGAACGGAGUUCUCCUGGGAGAGCCCCCGGUGGUCACGACGAACCCCAAUGCCCUCGAAGCACAGGCGAGGAAGGCCAUGGCCCCAGGCCCCUUCAAUUAUAUCUACGGGGGCGCGGGAGAAGCUGCGACCAUGGACGCAAACCGGCUAGCGUUCCGACAGUGGAAGAUCAUCCCGCGCGUGCUGAGGCCGACGGUGCCGAGGGAUCUCAGCGUGGAGCUGCUUGGCAAGAAAUACUCCAGCCCUGUGGUAAUGGCCCCGGUGGGCGUCCAGGCGGCAUACCACCAGGACCGCGAGCUGGGUGUCGCCGAGGCGUGCGCGGAGCUGGGCGUGCCGUUCACGCUCAGCACGGCGAGCACCAGCACCAUUGAGGAGGUGGCAGCAGCACCAGCGGCGCCGGGGCCCCAGCCGGACCGGUGGUUCCAGCUGUACUGGCCGCAGGACGACGAGAUCACGGCGUCGCUUCUGGGGCGGGCCAAGGCCGGGGGCUACUCGGUGCUUGUGGUGACUCUGGACACGUUCACGCUCGCGUGGCGGCCGCUCGACCUGGACGGCGGGUUCCUCCCGUUUGUGCAGGGCAGCGGCAUCGAGAUCGGGCUCAGCGACCCGGUGUUCCGGCGAAAGUUUGCCGAGGCCAAUGAUGGCGAGUCGCCCGAGGACAACCCGCUGCUCGCGGCGCAGGCGUGGAUCCGCGAGGCGUUCUCCGGGCACGCGCACGCGUGGGAGGACCUGGCUCUGCUCAGGAGGCACUGGGACGGGCCGAUCGUGCUCAAGGGCAUCCUGUGCGCCGAGGACGCGCGCAUGGCUGUCCGUUAUGGUGUGGACGGCAUUAUUGUGUCCAACCACGGGGGCAGGCAGCUGGACGGGGCGGUGCCGUCGCUCGAGAUGCUGCCCGAGAUCGUGGACGCGGUGGGCAAGGAGGUCACGGUGCUGUUCGACUCCGGGAUCCGGACGGGUGCUGACAUCGUCAAGGCCCUCGCCCUCGGGGCCAAGGCGGUGCUGGUGGGGCGGCCAGUAAUGUACGGGCUGGGCAUCGGGGGUAAGGAGGGCGCCAAACAUGUCCUCGCCGGGCUGCUUGCCGAGCUGGACCAGACGCUGGGCCUCUGCUGUGUGAGGAGCGUGGCAGAGCUGAACAGGGGCAUGCUGAGGAGGCUGGCUUACGGCGGCGACGUGAAGUCGUCUCUCUAA